AUGGCGGGCUUGCUUUCGGAGAGUUUCCUGUUCGGGCUCGGCGUGUUGCACUUAUUCUCUGAUUCCUUUUUGGUUCACGCAACUUCCUAUCAAAUCUCGGCCAGCGGAAUCUCUAUCCUUACUCAAAACUAUCUUGAUGGCGAGUGCGCACCAAACAACGGCACAGCAGCGAUACUCGUUCACAAGCCAGAGGCAUUCUCCGUAGCAAGUCAGAGUUGCGCACAGUUGAGCGAACGUCUCUGGGAUCCUUCCGCGGCCGAUUUCAAUGCUGGUCUCAAUAGCUCUAUUUCAACGCUUGUGUACAACAGCCAAAUCUCGGCCGAACAGCUACUUUGGGUAGCCCAGGAAAGAGGGAACAACAGCAUUUGUCAGGGCAUUGAUACGACGGGUCACGUUUUUCCGGUUGAUUGUACGGAGCAAUUGCCGGCACUAUGCACGCAAAGCGCACCAAUAUCGAACUCUUCAUACUCAGACAACUCAACUUUAUGGCAAAUCACACAUCCUGUUGCGCAAUCCACUUUUACCGGAUACCGUGACUAUCACACAUGGAAGUUUCGGGGGUUGCGGUAUGCUAAGAAACCUGAUCGCUUCACAUAUUCCUCUGUCUUUCUUGAAACCGGCAACAUAUCUGCCAUCACCGCUGGAGCCGACUGCGUACAGCCAAUAGGGGAAGUCAAAUCAGGAAGUAGUGAGGACUGCUUGUUCCUCAAUGUCUGGACUCCGUUUCUACCGCCGACGAUCAGUUUGGGGAGAAAUCCAGCCCUAGAAGCAGAAUCAACUUACUUGAAACCCGUCAUGGUGUACCUGUACGGUGGAGGGUUCACCAGUGGCUCCGGCAAGAACCCGAAUACCGAUGGCACCAACCUGGCAUCGCGAGGUGACGCGGUCGUUGUCUCUGUGAAUUACAGGGUGGGUAACGUUGGCUUUCUCGCCUUUCCAGACGGCAUCCACAAUGGAAACUAUGCCAUCUCAGACAUGGUUACAGCGCUUGAGUGGGUACAAAAGUACAUUCAAUACUUCGGAGGGGAUGCUAGUCGCGUGACAUUGUUUGGCGAAUCCGCCGGGGCACAGGGCACGCACAUCUUACUAGGAUCUCCCAAGGCCCAGGGACUCUUUCAUCGCGCCAUCAUGCAGUCUGACCCGCAGGGCUAUCCGAAUGGGAGCAACUUCCGAUGGAUGCAGUACGCAACAGUUGAAGAUGCCUACCGCGAUAGAACAAGAAAAGUUCUGAACGAAACCGGUUGCCUCAAUGCAACUGAUCAGGUCGCGUGUCUCAGUAAAAUAGACGGAUUUGAUCUAGUGAAUCUCAGCACCAACGCAAACGGUGCUGUUGUCGAUGGCAUCUAUCUCCAAAACCACGAGCUUGUUGUCAACAAGACCGGAAUAGCGUCGAACGUGUCCAUAAUGACGGGGACAAACCGUGACGAAUCGGGCGUUCUCAUCGAUGCCGACGCUUACCCACAAAACGGCACCUCAUUCAGUGACUAUUUCCGAGAGCACGUCGGAAACGGGCUCAACCUAGCCGAUAACUAUUCCCUAGCUAUAUCUCCUGGUCCAUUCUCGUUGACAAACUUUUCCUCCCCUGAAGCUAUCUUGAAUGCGUCUCUCCGCAUAGCAUCUGAUGGCGAAUUCACCUGCUUUGACCUGGCCAAGGCAUACUCAGGAGCCAAGCAUAAAGCUUUCCAGUCAACCUACGUCUUCCAGUUCAAUCGCACUUAUAAUCCCUCAGGAUACACACGGACGUGGUGCGACGCGCCAAAGACAUCGAGCCGGCCUCACGGGGAUCCAGACGGAGCGUACUAUAAAUGCCAUGCAGGCGAGCAGACCAUUGUGUUUGGAAAUGUCAGGAGGUCUGGACAGAUAGAUCGUGAUGGCUUUGACGUGCCAUUCUCACAACUCGUAGUAGACUACUGGAGUUCCUUUGCCCGCACAGGCAAUCCGAACCCAGAUAAGGCAUAUUUGCGGGCCAGGGACUAUCACACAACUCUGGCGCAAGUCGAAACCGCUGGUCCUUGGGAGCCCGUGCAUGCAGAGCAGCCGACCAUGAGAGUGCUGCAGUGGAACGGCAUGCAAGUGCCGUUCGUGGAAUCUGAGCAAUGCAAAGCAAUUGGAAUACCUCUGGAGAUCUUGGAGAAGUAA